ACAACGAAGCCGACGCAAGCAAAGCAAGCGAGCAACGAACGACCGAACGAACGAAUGACAAACGAAUCGAGAGUGUCACUGUAUGCGUGCAUAUCUGUGUGUGUUGCUUAGUUAGCUCUUGGUGCUCGUGCUCGUGCUCGCUCGUGUUCGUGUUCGACACUCAGCAGCCCACGCGCGCGUUGUAAUUGUGUGCGAGAGUGUAUGUGUGUGCCGAACAAAAUUUUGUUGGCAUUUUUUUUUUUUUGUGUUUUGGGUGUAGCAACAUUUGCGACCAGCCUCCGCAACAUGCAGUGGUGAAAUUGGUCGAGGUCGAAACGAAGCGAAAUACACACACAUACAUAUAGAGAGAGACUCAGUCUGUAGCGAACCGAAGCGCAAAAACGAAGAAACUCAACACAAUUGGGAAGCAGGCAAAGGCAAAGGCAACAUCCGACAUACAUCACAGUUAGUUGGGCUCGCUUGUCGUCUGUUGUUGUCGCCUCGCCUCGCAGGAUACGCGACGUCGACGUCGAGGACGUGAACGUGAAUGUGAAUGUGAACGGCGUGUGUGAAACAGCGUGAACGCGUAGCGAACAGAACAACGCUGGCCGUUGACCGAGUUGCAUCGCCAAUCGCAUCGGUCUCUCUUACCCCCUGAAAGCGAAUCGAAUAAACCACAAACCAAAUACAAUUCAGAGCAAGUGAAUAGAACAGAACAGAACAGAAGAGAGUGUGAGAGAGAGAACAAGAAAACCGACCAUAAAAAAUAAAUAAAAAAAAAAAAAAAAAAAAAAAACAAAUUGAAAUCGGAAAUCAAAGCGGCAGCUGUUGCAUGUGGCCGCCGUGCCAGACUUAGUGACGCCGCCGCCGCGCGUGUCGCGUGUUUUGCUUUGCUUACUCUGCUCUGCGUGUAGCGUGAGCAUCAGCGUGUUUUUUGUUGUUUUUGUUUUUGUGUGCUUGUCCAAAUACCGUUUGUCGAUUGAUCCUCGCGAGUGAUAGAGACACAAAGAAACGCAAAACUAGUGAACCAAUUUAAAUCUACAUAUAUUGAAAUUCGAAUUGAAAUCAUUGAAAAUAAAAAUCAAACAAUAAUUGAUAUACAAUUGAAAUCCUGAUUUCAAACCCAUUUGAAAUCCACUUACAUCCCACAUUGAAGUCCACUCUCAACUGCUGCAAGAUGAGGCUGCCACUGAGCACGCUGCUCGCAUCCCUGGCCCUCGUCCUCGCCCUUGCCCUCGUCCUGCCCCAGAUCGAAGCCAUCAACAUCAACGCCAACGAUCCGUGCUACUUCGAGGGCAAACCCCGCAAAUGCUUGCCCAGUUUUGUGAACGCCGCCUACGGCAAUCCCGUCCAGGCCUCGAGCGUCUGCGGCGCUCAGCAGCCGGAACGCUUCUGUGAGCUGCAACGCGAUGGCUCGGCGGGCGAGUGUCGCGUCUGCGAUAAGCUAGAGCAUCGCUAUGGCGCCGCCGCUCUCACCGAUCUCAACAAUCCCAGCAAUGUGACCUGCUGGCGCUCGGGCAGCGUCAAUGUGCCCCACGAUCCGGACAACGCACCGCCGGACAAUGUGACGCUCACGUUGUCGCUGGGCAAGAAGUACGAACUGACCUAUAUUUCGCUGUCCUUCUGCCCCAAGUCACCGCGUCCCGACUCCCUGGCCAUCUACAAGAGCUCGGACUUUGGACAGACCUGGCAACCGUUUCAGUUCUACAGCUCGCAGUGCCAGAAGUUCUACGGCCGUGCGGAUCGGGCCAAGAUUAGCAAAUUCAACGAGCAGGAGGCACGUUGCAUGAACUCACAGCACGAUGGAACCGCGGGCGGCGGCGCCGCCCAGAGAUUCGCCUUCAAUACACUCGAGGGACGACCGUCGGCCAAUGAUUUGGAUGCCUCGUUGGUGCUGCAGGAUUGGGUGACGGCCACCGACAUACGUGUGGUCUUCCAUCGACUCGAAUUGCCACCGCAGCUGCUGCUGAGUCGGGAGCGUGCCAAGGGCAAGGGGAAUGCGAAUAGCUUCAGUGAUGAGAUGACCGGUAGCCAGGAGGAGGACGACGAUGAUGAGGAGCUCGACGGUCAUGAGCUGGAGGAGCAGGAUGAGUACGAUUACAAUUUGCAUGAAAACGACAGCGCUGGCUACGAUCACGAGGAGUACGAGGAGCCCAAGAAGCAUCUCGAACUCGACGACGAACUGCAUAUGGACUAUGCCAACGAUGGCGAGACGACGACCAGUAAGCGUCAGUCCAAGCAUAAGAGCAGCGCCUACGAGAAACACUAUCAGGGCAAGCUGCUGGCCAGUACUCCGUCUCCAGCCGCGAGUGUGCCGCUCAAGACAUCGCCGGCUAGCAAAACUUCCUCCUUGCAGCAGGCCACCGCGGAGGUUGUCGCUGCCUCAGCUCAGUCGGGUUCGCCAGGUGUCUCCGGUUCCGGUUCCGGCUCCGGUUCCGUCUCUGGUUCAGGCUCCGUCUCCAUGCAGCAACUUUUGUCCGUGUCGCAGCAUUAUGCCGUAUCGGACUUUGCCGUCGGCGGACGUUGCAAGUGCAACGGUCACGCCUCCGAGUGUGUGGCCACCACAUCGAGCCUGAGCAGCGGCUCCCUUCACGUCGGCGGCGGCGAUGCUGACGAUGGCCAGGACGAUGACAUGACCAGCUCGCUGCACACUCACUUCGGACGCAGCAGCAGCAGCAGCAGCGGGAGCUCCGGUUCCCUCCAGCUGAAUGCCAAGCUGGCGAUGACUUGCGCCUGCAAGCACAACACCGCCGGACCAGAGUGCGAGCGAUGCAAACCCUUCUACUUCGAUCGACCCUGGGGACGUGCCACCGACAACGAUGCCAACGAGUGCAAGAUGUGCCAGUGCAAUGGACAUGCUCGUCGCUGCCGCUUCAAUCUGGAGCUGUAUAAGCUGUCGGGUCGUGUGUCCGGCGGGGUUUGCUAUAACUGUCAGCACGAUACAACUGGACGUUAUUGUCACUAUUGCCGCGAGGGUUACUAUCGGGAUGCCACCAAGCCGCCCAAUCAUCGCAAAGUCUGCAAACGCUGUGACUGUCAUCCCGUUGGCUCCACGGGCAAGACCUGCAAUCAUUUGAGUGGUCAGUGUCCCUGCAAGGAGGGCGUCACUGGGUUGACUUGCAAUCGCUGUGCUCGUGGCUAUCAGCAGACACGCUCCCAUGUUGCACCCUGUAUAAAAGUGCCCACCAACGCGAAUAUGAUCCAAGCGGAGAGCGCUGGCGGUGGCGGAGGAGGAGGUGGGGGCAAUGGCGAUUACAAGGAUGGCGGCGGUUCACAGGCUGAGGAAAUGAAAAAGUAUUGCGGCAAGUGCAAGGCCAGUCCCAAGAAGCUGAAUCUGAACAAGUUCUGCAUGGAAGACUACGCUCUGCUGGCAAAGGUGAUUGGCCACGAUCGCGCAUCGCAGGACAUCAGCACCGAGAAGUUCUCGAUUGAGCGACAGAACGAGAUCUACAAGUAUGAGAUCAACAUUCAGACCAUCUUCAAGAGGAAUCCGAUGUCAGGGACCACAAGUUCGCUGCUGGGGCGUGGCAAUAUGAUGUUGCUGGUGCCGCGCAAGAGCAUCGAGUGUCAGUGCCCCAAGAUCAAGUUAAACAAAUCGUAUCUCAUACUUGGACGCGACUCGGAGGCAGCGCCGGGAUAUUUGGCCAUUGGACCCAGUUCGGUGGUAUUGGAAUGGAAGGACGAGUGGUCGCUGCGCAUGAAGCGCUUCCAGCGGCGAGCACGCAAAUGCAGUUGAAUCGAACCGGAAACGGAAUAUGUCAGAGCGGAUUUCAAUUUCAUACACUUGGCUAGGUAUCAGUUUUUGUAUAAAUUGUACAGUUUACUCAAGUUUCUGACCUUUUUCGGCAUCAUGCUAUAAAUUAAUCACACACACACAUACACAUAUACAACAGAUCAGAGAUUAUACUACACAUAGCGGAAUCCUUCUUCCACUUUCCCAUAAGAUACUUAAUAAAUCCUACAAUGAAUCCACACAGUUUAGUUAAGCAUUCUAGUCUAUAUACAACACUACACUUCCCAACACUACACAACACUGUUCAACACUAUAUAACACUGUUGUUCAACACUACUCAACAGCACGCCAAAUGCUAAUUACACUUCAACGAACCUGCGAGUGUGUGUGUGUGCGAAUGUGAAUGCGAAUGGGUGUGUGUGGCGGAAGGCCAUAAAAAACAGUUAUAAAAAUUUGAAACAAGUGUGAAAAGAGCUGAAUGUUUAAUGUUGCUGUGUCGCGUGUCCGGCCAGACGAACAACAGAUGAGCAGGAGACGUGUCCACAAACGGUGUGAAGACAACUGACUGAGGGGAAUACGGAAUACCGAAUACGGAAUACGAAAUAUGGAAUAUGGUUAUGGGUUGUGGGUUAUGAGUAGACAAGCACAACAACAGGCAUAGUCAACACAUAAGUGCAGUCAUAAACCAAACAGGCCUCCAGCAACAUUGGGGGUAUUCAGGAAAUGGAAAUGCAAAUUUUGCAAUUUGUUAGA